AUGGACUCCUCAAUCAAGCACAGAAACUCAGAGCAGACAUUCACAUUUGUCACUCCACCAGCAGAUGCAUCUAUAGAAGUCUUGAAUGAUUUUUACUGGACAAAUGAAGCUGAACCACACGCGCUUCGUAGGAAGUUAAUUCUUGCAAAACAUCCAGAAGUGAGGAAGCUCACUGGGUAUGAACCAAAGACAAAGUGGUAUGUUACAUUGGUCGUUCUUUUGCAGUUGUCGGUGGCAUUUUACCUUCGAAAUACACCUGUUUUGUCAUGGAAGUUUGUCAGUUUGGCGUAUGUGAUUGGCGCCACUGCAAAUCAAGCCAUCUUCUUGGCCAUACACGAGUUGAGUCAUAAUCUAUUGUUUAAGAAGCCUUUGCAUAAUAAGUUGUUUGCUAUUUUCACUAAUAUCCCUAUUGGAAUCCCCUAUUCUGCCUCGUUUCAACCAUAUCACCAAUUGCAUCACAAAUUCCAAGGUGAUGAAUAUUUGGACACUGAUUUGCCAACUCGAUUUGAAGCUAUUGUUAUGUCCAAUGUAUUAGGGAAGGUGUUUUUUGCAACUUGUCAAAUCUUCUUUUACGCUUUGAGGCCAAUGUUUAUCACCCAGAUAAAAUUCACCUACAUCCAUUUGUUGAAUGUUGUUCAUCAGCUUUUGUUUGAUCAUUUUUGGGUAAAGUAUUUUGGAUGGAAGAGUUUGGCCUAUUUCAUAAUGAGUUCCUUUUUGGCAGGUUCAUUGCAUCCCUGUGCUGGUCAUUUCAUUGCUGAGCAUUAUGUGUUGAAUGACAAUAACAGGCCUAAAGCAAAGAAUAUACCUGUUCCUCCAGAGACGUAUUCUUACUAUGGCUCCCUCAACUUGGUUACUUGGAAUGUUGGUUACCACAAUGAGCAUCACGAUUUCCCCUAUGUUGCUUGGACAAAGUUGCCUGAGCUAAGACGCAUUGCAGCAGACUUUUAUGACCCACUACCAAAAGUUGAAAGCUGGUGUGGCGUCAUUUGGUGGUUUAUAUUUAAUGAUGUGAAUACGCUAUGGAAUAGAGUUAAAAGAAAGGGAAAGGAAAAACAUGGACACAAAAUAGACAAUCUAGACGAAAAUUAG